AUGAAUUCAGCCGCAUCUACUGCCCUUUUUGCUUGUUCUCGUUGUUUCUCAAGGCAUCCUUUUGAAGAAUUAUCUCCAGGAGAACAGCUAUGCAAGGAGUGUCGUGGAUCUUUUCCCGUCGUCAAAUGCACCUACUGCCGUUCGGAGUUUCAACAGACAAGUAAAUCUAAUACUUCCUCAAUCUGCAAAAAAUGUGAGGCCAAUGUCAAGGCAUAUGGUAAGCCAACAGCCUGUGAAUAUUGCAACAUAAUUGCUGCAUUUAUUGGCAACAAAUGUCAGCGGUGCGCAAACUCGGAGCGCAAGUAUGGAGCCGCGGUUACUUGCGAGCAGUGCAAACAGCGGUGCGCAUUCGAUAGACACGAUGAUGACAAGAAGGUUGUGGAUGGCAAGUUGUUAUGCUGGCUAUGCACCCAGUCGCUAAAGAGGGCCCUCGCUCGUACAAAGCAGCACAUGUCUGCUGUGGACAAACACAAGCAUCGCUCACAUAAGUCCAAAAACAGUCAUAAGGACAAACGCAAGUCUGACAUGAUGAAGUCCAUGGGCUCGGGCGACAUGUCCAUGAACGACUCACAGCCGAUGGAGAAGAAGUCUAAACUCCACCCUAUACAAGGAGAGUUAGACCCAAAUAGUUCGGACCACGUGGUAGCGAUGACGCAGCUGAAGGAAACUAUCGCCAGUCUACAGAAGAGGGUUCAGCAAAAGGACAUGGAGUUACUCGGCAAAGACAAACUGAUCACAGAACUCAAAGCGCAGCAUCACAAUGACACGACAGACCUUCGUAGCGAGAUGAAGAACAAGGACCGCUUGAACGAAACAAAAUUCACACUUAUGAACUCAAAAAUACAAAAUCUACUAAAAGAAGUGGCUACACUCAGCAAAUCGGCUAAGAAGAACAAUAAGAAUACAAAAUCGAUGCUAGCGAACGCAGAAAACAGUGGGAGCGGCACCGACAGCCCGAGCACCAAUUAGGACAAUUCAUAGUGUAAGACGACGACGUCAGAUAUUCUAUGGUAUGAAUACAUAAAAAUAUUAAUAUUGUUGAUAGCGAACAUAGAAUAGCUACAAUUUUGUAUUAUACUAUAAUAGGUGUGCCCCGCAGUUUUACCCUCGUAAUAUCAUGGGUGUGUUGUUAUUUAGCCUCUAAACUUCCUCAAUAAAUUGGCUAUCUAAAGCAAAAUAUAUAUAUAUAUAUAUAUAUAUAUAUGACUGGAUGUUUCUGAGAUUACCGUUUAACUUAUAAACUCUUUAAAGUUAGUAAACGUAAAUGAAAGAUUGUAAUGCCAGUUUUUACACAUGGAUCGAAAACCUUAC